AUGUUGUAUCGGCAUGAGCAAGACCGUAGUAGCACGCUGCGAAGAUGGAGAGUACCGCAAAGACCAUAUCAAUUUAGAGAUAAACACGAAAAGAAAAUUGCAAUGGCUAGCGACAAGCCCGCGAAUAAGGAGACGGUGGCCGCGCCUGCUAUCGUCGAAAAAGGAAUCGAGGAGGAACACCCACUGCAGACAGGAUGGUCACUUUGGUACGACAAGAAGAUGCCUAAGAAAAUCGAUGUAGGAACGUAUCAAUCAAACUUGCAAAAGAUUGCCACGUUCAAUACGGUUGAAGAUUUCUGGCGUCAUUAUAUCCAUGUAAAGCGACCAUCGCAGCUCAGCCGUGAUGUAAACCUUUAUCUAUUUCGUGACCAGCCUAAUUGCGCACCGAUGUGGGAGGCAUUUCCACAGGGUGGAUGUUGGAUUUUAAAGAUCAAGAAGAAAGCCAACGUUCUCGGUAAGAUGUGGCAAGAUCUAGUCUUUGCUGCCAUCGGUGAGGCUUUCGAACAGCUUGACGUCGUGGGCAUUGCCAUGGCUAUUCGCUCCAGGGAGGACAUGCUGUCAGUAUGGAAUGCCGAUAACACAGACGAUACGACUCGUUUCGCCAUCGGUGAAAAGCUGAAGGAAAUUCUCAUGCUGGAUUCCAACACGCUCGUGGAGUACAAAUUUCACGCGAAUUCGAUCCGGGACAUGUCGACAUUUCGCAACGCAAAGCCGUACGUCUUCGCUGCUGCAACACCGGCUGCGGCCACCUAG